CUUGAAUCGUAUCAGCUUGCUGUGGUGCACCCACCGUUACACAGAGGCGUCGUGCAAUGCCUGACACAUGCGCCUACCGUGAGGCGAAAGCGUGCCAUCGACUGUCAUCUUUAAUGAUUAGAGCAGCCUUCUCGUCCCUGCCCCCCCUGUUGCUGCCACAGCCACCACCCCAUGCCGCUCCUCAUGCAGCUUUGACGUGCCAACCUGCUGCACCGUCUUGCAUCCGCGACCCCUUCGAGUUCUCCAAAAUGGAACGACACGUGCAUUUCAUGCAUGGUAAGCAUAGCGUGCGCAGCACCAGGACGCAUGCGGCUGGGACAAAAAGAGGCACUGCAUCUUGCAUCAUGGACAGGCAUCUUGACAGGCGCCCAUCUUUCUUGUGGGCCGAAAUGCGGGAGGUGGAUUUUUCAUGGGAAAAGCCAGAAAGCCGGCGAGAACAGGGCGCAUAUGAAGAAAGCGUGUGCAAGGAAGCAUUGCUGGAAUCGACGUCACCACGACCGUUGCCUGGAAUGGGACGGUAGGGAGACACAACCUGUCAGCCCUUGUCUUGCUGCUAAUUGCUACCCUUUCGAUGCCUGGCCAUUCCAGGGAACUGGGCGAGUUCAUAAUAUCGUAAUCACCAGGAUAAGGACGGCCUUCGCCAGUAUGAUUGGAACCAUAAGCUUGUCGUGCAACCUCAAGUGAUUCGAGCCAGAGUACGAGACCAGUAUUGCUAUACAUAUAAUGAGUC